AAGGCAGGUUAUUUACCGGUACAUUACGCUGCUCACUACAGUAAAUUAGACUGUCUACGAUUCCUCAUGAAACAAGGUACAGCAUUAGAUGCCAAGAAUCAUGGUAAUACUGUAGGACAUUAUGCUAGUGAAGGAGGGAAAGCAGAUUGUUUAAACUGUUAUCUACAACAUGGUGGUAGAUUAGAUAUAGAGAACAAUAAUGGUGAUACACCAUUAGAUACCGCCAAACGCUCUGGACAUCCUUUAUUGAUGCAGCAAGCAGGUGGGUAG